CUCAGUUGCUCUAGUCUCUGAGGCGACAGGUCUUCAUUUAGGAGCCUCUGAGUCCAUCCUUACUAGUUGUUGGCAGCAGAAACAUGAGGGCCCAGAGCCUCCUCCUCCUGGUGGCCCUCCUGGCUUUGGGGAGCCAGCUGCCUGCCGCUUUGGGCAGGAAGAAGGGAGAGAAGUCUGGGGGCUGCCCACCGGAUGAUGGGCCCUGCCUCCUAUCAGUGCCUGACCAGUGUGUGGACGACAGCCAGUGUCCCUCUAGGAUGAAGUGCUGCCACCAGGCUUGCUUCCGCCAGUGUGUCCGAAAGGUCUCAGUGAAGAAGGGCAGCUGCCCCAAGGACCCACUGCGCUGCCUCAGUCCCGUGCAGCACCUGUGCUCCAAGGACUCGGACUGUCAGGGCCUCAGCCGGUGCUGCCUCGGCGCCUGCGGCCGGGACUGCAGAAACCCUGUCUGAGGUCAAUUCCGGCUUAGGAUCCACAGCUCUGAACCUCAGGAUGGGGUUCCCUCCCUGCAGGAAGAUGGGAUGAUGGCGGGCCUGGGACCCCGCCACCUAGAUGUAGCCCUCUUUGCCAGGGGCAAUUCCACCUUCUGAUGAACACUGAUCUGCUGUCACUUCCCCUGCAACCCAUCCACCCCUGGAUCCUCCUCCUGGGAGUCAAGGUCUAUAGCCAGACCUCAAAGGACUCCUCUCUGUUGCCUGAGCUUCUCAGCCUUCCUAACGCCCACUUUCACAUCUUUUUGGAUGUGUGUUUCUUCCACCUGAAAUGCCCAGUUCAGCCUGGCCUCUCUUUGUGGAGCCCUGACCCCUCCCUCAGGCAGCCCAACCACUCCAAAUGUAUGUCCCAGCAGAAUUUCCCAAACAUCAAUCUACUCACAUACACCUGUUUCGCAAUGUCUGCCAUACCUGCAGAAAAGCAUCCUGAUAUUUUGUGUAUUGCCUGUGCUACUACUUACCUAAGUUUUCCCUUAAAUGGACUCACUGUUGUAUAUAAAUAAAUUCAGUUCAAAAGAAAAAUUGGAUACCACUACCCUACGGGGGACACGCAGGAUCACUUGUCACAAAUAAGAUGUAAUUGUAUAAGCAGAUGCAAUGAAAACAGCUAAGUUCCAUUGAAGUAAAUCAUACCAGAUUAAAUUAUAGUAAAUAAUAGUAUUAAAUUCUGGCUAGAUGCUGCCACCUGUCAAGACUAUGUGCCCGAAGCCUGCUCUCUGUCUCUGUUGUAAUAAAGGAAGAUUAACAAGACUUAAAGAGCUGCUAAACUGAGACUUUCACGGAAAACCUAGAAGAAAUGAACAAAUUCUU